AUGGCAAAAGCAUUAAGAUCCCAAUGGCCGGAAACGUAUCACCGUUUAUGUAUUUGGCAUAUGUAUCAAAAUGUAGCUAAACACUUGAGUAGUGUUUUUGAAAGAUUUCGUGAAUUUGCUACUAAUUUUGGAAAUUGCAUAUAUGAGUAUGAUGAAGAAUGUGAAUUUAUUGAGGCUUGGGGGAACAUGCUUGGGAAAUAUAAUCUUGAAAAUAAUGAUUGGUUGGCACAACAGUUCAAGGUUAAGGAGAAAUGGGCUUUAGUAUAUGGAAGAGAGACUUUUUGUGCAAAUAUGACUACUACACAGCGAAGUGAAAACAUGAAUAAUGUACUUAAAAAGUAUGUCAGCUAUCAACACACUAUGUUGCGUUUUUUAGAGAAUUUUGAGAGGUUGAUUGAUGAUCGACGUUAUGAAGAGUUAAAAGCUGACUUUAGAGUAAGUCAACGUAAUUUGGCACCAUCACUUCCAAUUGAAAUUUUGAAUCAUGCAACGAAUGUGUAUACCCAUGCAGUGUUGAGAAUGUUUGAGGUUGAGUUUUCAAAGGCUUAUAGUUGUGCUAUGGAACUUAUUACUGAGUUAGGAGUUAUGAGAGAAUAUAAGCUUACUCCGAAUGGUAAGUCUUUUCACCACACAGUUAAAUAUGAUUCAUCGGCUAAUACAACAAUAUGUAGUUGCAAGAAGUUUGAGUUUGCAGGAAUAUUAUGCUCACAUAUUCUUAAAGUCUUUUCCUUUCAUAAUAUUGUGAAAAUACCUUCUCAAUACAUUUUAAAGAGGUGGACAAAGCAUGUGAAGAUGGGAGUUACAAGUAGUACCUUUGAGAUUAAACAGGGAGAUGAUCCUAAAGCAAGUUUGGCAUUACGUUAUCAAGAUUUGUCAAGAUCCUACACUCAUAUUGUAACAAAAGCAUCAGUAACUGAAAAAGCCUAUAAACUUGCUAGAGAUGGUUUUAAACGACUUUCAGAUGAUGUGGAUGCUUGUUUGGAAGAAGAUACCGUUGGAAGAAAAGAGGAGAAUCGUACUACCGGUGGAAUCAAUUCAGAAGAGAUGUUGGGUUGCUCUGCAGUACAAUUAAUGGAACAUUCUAAAGAGGAGAAGAAAUAA